CUCCCUGCGGCCAGGUAUGAACAGCAGCCCCCUGCCGUCCGUCCCACAGUCUAGUCAAAAUGGCGACCAGUAGAGGGGUCCGGAGUUGGGCGCUCUGUUACUGGAGUAUUUUCACACACAUUUGGAUAGUUUUCGCGGCGGAAGAAAUUCUCCUGGAUACCCGUUCUAUGUCAACUCUGGGAGGUUGGACUACAUAUCCAGUGUCAGAAAGAGGAGGGUGGAUAGAAGUCAGCAACAUCAACUCCGAUGGCCACCCAGUCAGAACGUACCAAGUCUGCCAAGUGCGUAGGGAGGACCAGAACAACUGGCUAAGAGCCGAGUGGAUCCCCAAAAGACAAGGUCGGAGGAUCUACGUCGAGAUCAAGUUUUCCAUCCGGGAGUGUCGGGACAUCCCUAACGUCGUCUCUUGCAAGGAAACGUUCGACCUGUACUACUUCGAGUCGGAUUAUCCGGACGCCACCGAUGACCGACCGGCUUGGAACGACCGCACGUACACAAAAGUUGACCGCAUCGCCGCCGAUGGCCGCUUCAGUCACGUGAACACCGAGAUCAUCAACACAGAGGUACGUGACAUCGGCCCGAUCUUCAAGCGAGGAUUCUACCUGGCGUUCCAGGACUCAGGCGCCUGCAUCUCGCUGUUGUCGGUGCGGGUCUACUACAAGGUGUGUCCGACCAUAACCGAACACUACGCCAUCUUCAACAAGACAGUGACGGGCCCGUCCAUCACGUCCCUGGUGCAGGCGGAGGGGCAGUGCAUUCCUAACUCGGAGCCCGUGGGAAGACAGCCGACCGUGCAGUGCACUGGGACCGGAGAGUGGACCCUGUUCACAGGAAGCUGUCGCUGCCUUCCGGGUUACGAGCCUCAGCGGACGGUGGCGCAGCGAUGUGACGCCUGCAAGGAGGGGACCUUCAAGCCGAAUGCGGGGAACUACGAGUGUAUGCCGUGUCCGCUGUACAGCCACGCCCACCGUACCGGGGAGACUCGCUGCACGUGCGACCGCGGGUACUACCGCUCGCCACGGGACAAACCAACAGACGCCUGCACAGCUCCACCCUCAAAACCCAGGAACAUCAUCUCAACCGUCAACAUGACAACCGUGGAACUGCAGUGGGAGACCCCUGUGGACAAUGGUGGCCGGAAUGACCUUCGCUACAAGAUUGUCUGCUGGAGAUGUCACGACAUCACAUGUGUGGAGUGUCGGAGGGCCGUCCAGUAUCGUCCAGCUAAGGUGGGACUGAACAACACUGUGGUGACAAUCGAAGGCCUGAUGGCGUACACCAAGUAUCGCUUCGAGGUGCACGCAGAGAACGGGGUAUCCAGUACCAGCAGGGUGAAGGAUCGCUUUGAGUCUAUCACGCUCAAGACCAACGUCGCUCCUCCCUCGCAGAUUCAGAGCAUAAUCCAGGCGGCGUCCACAGAGACAGCCAUGACCAUCGAGUGGUCCGUACCCGCCCAGCCAAACGGCAAGAUCCUGGAGUACCGGAUACAGUUCUACCGGGCGCGGGAUGGGCCGGGAAUGACCGCCAUCAUCAAGGUAGAUGGAGAUGUGCAGUCAGCGACAGUGGAAAACCUUGAGAACUCAGAAGAGUAUGUCUUCCAGGUGCAAGCCAGAACCAUUGCUGGGUAUGGGAAACUGAGUGAGCCUAUAACACUGAGGACCUCUGUCAAUGGAGCCCAAGCCCCCCUAGGUAGCGACCAGCCUGUCCUGAUUGCUGCCAUUGCAGCAGCAGGAGGAUUUGUACUGGUGUUAUCACUCUUCAUCCUGGUGUGUGUGGUCUGGAGAAGGAAAAACAGGAAGCCACCAAGUGACAUGGAUAAAUUAGAGUAUGCCAAUGGAGAAGUUCGCCUGCCUGGUUUUGUGGCUCCGCGUGUGAAGACCUACAUCGACCCUCACACCUACGAGGACCCCCAACACGCUGUCAGGGAGUUCGCACGAGAACUGGAGCCCUCCUGUCUCACUAUCGAACAAGUCAUCGGUGGAGGUGAGUUUGGAGACGUGUGUAAAGGUCGUCUGAAGGUUGGGAAGGGACAGUACCUGGACGUGGCCAUCAAGACGUUAAAGCCAGGCUCCACAGACAAGAUGAAGGACGACUUCCUCACAGAAGCCUCCAUCAUGGGACAGUUCAACGACCCCAACAUCAUCAAGCUACAGGGGGUCAUCACAAAAAGUCAGCCAGUGAUGAUCGUCACAGACUACAUGGAAAACGGCUCCCUGGACACUUUCCUCAGGAAACAUGAUGGAAAGUUCCAGGUUACCCAGCUGGUGGGGAUGAUCAGGGGUGUGGCCUCAGGCAUGAGGUACCUGUCAGAGAUGAACUAUGUACACAGGGACCUGGCAGCCCGAAACGUGCUGAUAAACUCCCAGCUGGUGUGUAAAGUGUCUGACUUUGGGCUGUCCAGAGUGCUGGGAGACGACCCUGAUGCAGCCUACACUACAAACUUGUUUUCACUUCAGGUGAUUAAGUCAGUGGAAGCUGGGUACAGACUACCCCCUCCUAUGGACUGUCCCCAGGCCAUCUACCAGCUGAUGACAGACUGCUGGGAGCGCGAAAGGAACGCGCGGCCCAAGUUCACGCUGAUCGUGGAGAGGGUGGACAGGAUGAUCAGGAACCCGGCCGUGCUCAAGGUGCUGGCUCAGCCCAGACCGAUGCAGCCAUCGUUCCAGCCCGUGUUACCCACCGUGCCCCAGUGGCUGGACAGUAUGAAGAUGGGGAGAUACAGGGACAACUUCACCAACGGGGGUUACUCCUCCAUGGACCUGGUCAUGAAGAUGAACAUCAGGGAUCUACAAGGGAUCGGCGUGACCAUGUUAGCUCAUCAGAAGAAGAUCCUGAACUCCAUACAGAACCUCCACACGCAGCUGUCGGACUGCUGGCCCCCUCCCCCACCCCCUCUGGCAGAAACCCCUCCCCCUGUCCCCUCUUCCCCACCCCCACCCCUUCCGGCCACCUCCCCACAGCACAAGCCUGAGCCCCCCGCCCACUCCAACCCCACCUCCCCUCACCACCACCCUGUGGCGAACGGUUCUCACCACCCCAUCCCCUCCUCCCCACACCACCCCCCUAUCGCCAAUGGAGUCCCAACACCUAUCAUUCAGGGAACUCCACACUUGCAGCGGCCAACAACCUUACAGAGAAGCCCCCAUCCUCAACACAGGACACCAACCCAUGGAUACAGAACCAUUCUCAAUGUAUAAACCUCAACACAGGACACCGACCCAUGGAUACAGAACCAUUCUCAGUCAGUGUAUAAACCUCAACUACAACCACGGACAUAAAACCCCACAAAUAUUCUCAAUGUACAUGUAUAAACCUUUAUCUC